GCAGCGCUUCUCGCGAGAGCUGGGGGAUGCCGCCGCCGCCGCCGCGGACGGAGGGGGAGACACUCGGGGGGAGCCAGUGACGUCGGGAGUUUUCCCGAAAGUCAAUAACGAGCCCGGCGGAGGCGGCGGGCGGAGCCGAGAGCGGGGGUCCCGGGGCGAGCGAGCCGGAGCGAGGAGCCGCCGCCCUGACCCCGUGGAUGCUGCGGCCGCGCUGCCCGGCCGGGCGCCUCCCUGUGUAGCGGGGACGCUCGCUCCAUGUAGCCGCCGCCGCCUCCUCCGCGCGCCGGGGCCGGAGCCGCCUCCCUCCCCCCGCGGAGACACCGGCCGCGAGGGACCGAGCCCGGCGGGGGGACCGGGGAGGGGCAGCGGGGAUCCCCUCCCGAAGCCGCCGCCUGCUCCGCAGCGUCGUCGUCGUCGCCGCAGGCUGACUCCUCAGUAGAGAUUGGGAAGGGCAGCAGAAGAGAAGCCAAACGUUUAAGCUGAUAAUUGAACAGAAUUUUUCUCUGAAUUGAGGGCUCAGAGUGGAGCCAUCAUGAGCGAUGUUACCAUUGUGAAAGAAGGCUGGGUUCAGAAGAGGGGAGAAUAUAUCAAAAAUUGGCGACCAAGAUACUUCCUGUUGAAGACAGAUGGUUCUUUCAUAGGGUAUAAGGAGAAGCCCCAAGAUGUGGAUCUACCGUAUCCCCUCAACAACUUUUCUGUGGCAAAAUGCCAGCUAAUGAAAACAGAGCGACCGAAGCCAAAUACAUUUAUUAUUAGAUGUCUUCAGUGGACAACUGUCAUAGAGAGGACAUUUCAUGUAGACACUCCAGAGGAACGGGAAGAAUGGACAGAAGCCAUCCAAGCUGUAGCAGACAGGCUUCAGAGGCAAGAAGAGGAGAGAAUGAACUGUAGUCCAACAUCACAGAUAGACAAUAUAGGAGAGGAGGAGAUGGAUGCUUCCACAACCCAUCAUAAAAGAAAGACAAUGAAUGAUUUUGACUAUUUAAAACUACUGGGGAAAGGCACUUUUGGCAAAGUUAUUUUGGUCCGAGAGAAGGCAAGUGGAAAAUAUUAUGCGAUGAAGAUUUUGAAAAAAGAAGUUAUUAUUGCAAAGGAUGAAGUGGCUCACACUCUUACAGAAAGCAGAGUAUUAAAAAACACUAGACACCCUUUUUUAACGUCUUUGAAAUAUUCCUUCCAGACAAAGGAUCGUUUGUGUUUUGUGAUGGAGUAUGUUAAUGGGGGAGAGCUGUUUUUCCAUUUGUCGAGAGAGCGGGUGUUCUCUGAGGACCGCACACGCUUCUAUGGUGCAGAAAUUGUCUCUGCUUUGGACUAUCUGCAUUCUGGGAAGAUUGUGUACCGUGAUCUCAAGUUAGAAAAUCUAAUGUUGGAUAAAGAUGGCCACAUAAAAAUUACAGAUUUUGGACUUUGCAAAGAAGGAAUCACAGAUGCAGCUACUAUGAAAACAUUCUGUGGUACACCAGAAUACCUAGCUCCUGAGGUAUUAGAAGACAAUGACUAUGGUCGUGCAGUGGACUGGUGGGGCCUGGGAGUUGUCAUGUAUGAAAUGAUGUGUGGGAGAUUACCAUUCUACAACCAGGAUCAUGAGAAACUGUUUGAACUAAUACUAAUGGAGGACAUAAAAUUCCCUCGAACUCUCUCGUCAGAUGCAAAGUCAUUACUUUCGGGUCUCCUGAUAAAAGAUCCAAAUAAACGCCUUGGUGGAGGCCCAGAUGACGCAAAAGAAAUUAUGCGACAUAGUUUUUUUGUUGGAGUAAACUGGCAAGAUGUAUAUGAUAAAAAGGUGGCGCCGAAGCUCCAUGUGCCGGUUCCUCAUUUCUUGACAAGAAUUCUACAGAAGCCGCUCGUACCUCCUUUUAAACCUCAAGUGACAUCUGAGACAGACACCAGAUAUUUUGAUGAAGAAUUUACAGCUCAGACGAUUACAAUAACUCCACCUGAAAAAUGACUGCGAGCCCUGAACAGCACCGAUUGCAGAUCCCACCCCACAGAGCGUUGGGAUCAGUUAAACACAACAACUGGAGAGAAGAUGCCAAAGCUCCAGUGAUCCUAAUACAUCAAAAGCCUGUAGGCUUCUGAAAAUAGCCAGGUGUAUACAGCAUUCGCAUGCCCACUCUCAGAGUGGCAAGACCCCAAUGUUCUAUGGGAUUCAAACUGGUGAAGGGAUCCAAAUGUAGCAGGACCACUGAGCUGUGGAGCAAUAAGCUUCAACAGCACCAAAUGCGAGGACAAAAUAGAUGCUGCAACAGGGGACAAUGACAUGCUAACACUCAAGGUGCUGCCUAACCCCCAUCUUGACUUUGCUGAAAGUGCCCAGUCACAGAAGCCACCAAAGGCAAAAACUUCCCCAUCUCUGAGAGAUGCAACUAAGGCAUAAGGGCAGCGAAGGAGCUCCUAGGCUCUCAGCCCCCUGCUGAGCCAUAGAGGAUUAGGGGAAGGUCUCCACCCAGCACAAAGGUCCCCAAUGCAAAUUAAAUGAAAAUUCCUUUUUCAUUCACAAUUAAAAUGAUAAAUGGGGGUAAUUCCGUGAAAUCACAUUGAACAACAACCCGUAUGUUUAAUCCCAUGCUCUUUCACAGCAUAUGGUAGGAAUCAGGACAAGUUUAUUUCUGCAACUGAAAAAGACAAAUAUAAACUAGAAAAAGGCCUAAACUAACCAGAAUUCUAUAAAACUUGAGUGUAUUUGGAUCCAGGGCUUUUUUUAUUCAGACCUGUCUCUCGUAUAAACUAUUAAAUGUACAAGGAAGGGAACUUACACAACUCAGGGGAAUGCCUCUUCAAAGGAUGGGGACAAAAUGUGUUUUUACAAUACUUGAGCAGACUCAGAGCUUGGGCAGCAGGAGAGAGAAUAUAUUACAAAUGAGCAAAACAAAAGUUACAGUUUACAAGUGUAUGCAGUGUUGUUGGAGUCAUGUUGAUCCCAGGAUAUUAGAGAGAUAAGGUGGGAGAGGUAAUAUCUUUUAUAGGACCAGCUUCUUUUGGUGGAAGAGCUUGUCUCUCUCCUUCAGCUCCGUGUAAGCUCGAAAGCUUGUUUCCCUCACCAACAGAAGUUGGUCCAGUAAAAGAUAUUACCUCACCCACCUUGUCUCUCUAGUUUACAAAAGUAACAUUUCACCCAUGAAAUGUCCUAGUGGGAUGAAUGUAAUUCAUACUUUGCAAAAGGCAGCUUUUGACAUUUUUAAACAAUUAUACGAAAACAAUGCAACACUGGGGUAUGCAUGCAUCCCACAUACUCAGAUACUAGCGAUGACAGGCUACUGCCCUUAGAUGAGUGGAUAUGUAACAUACCCACUGUAAUAUUGAAUGGAAUUACCUGCACCAAUGGAACUAUCAUCAACUAGUCAGAUUCCAGCUUUCAAAAGGCUGAUUUUUAGAAAUAAAUUAAUUGUUCUCAUCUUCCAAGCAACAAUAGCAAUAUUAUUUUACAUCUUACAACUUACCAAGCUAACACAUACGUACCAUUUAUUCACUAAGUGUAAAAUUCACCCUUGCACACGGGGCCAAUACAAUACCCAUGCAUUACUUUAUCCCUCAAAGAGCACUUAAAUGGGACAUAAAUGGUGAACUGGGCUUGAGCAGGGCCUCCGCUUGGGAGUACAGCUUAUGUUGUUAUAUAGAGAUGGAAAAAUGUUGCUCUGCCUUACAUAAAAACUUAGGAGUGGGCCCUCAUGUACGUGGAGCAGGUUUUGAUCCUUAGAUUGUGAACUUCUUGGGACCAAUAUCCUAUUACAUGUCUAUAAAGCAUAAUUGAUAUAUUUAAUAUUAACCCACUGAUUAUGUAAACAACUGAUUGCAACACUAUCUGCCAGUCUGAUAUGAAAAAUUGCUAUAGUAUUAAAAAAAUUCUCCAUGAAAGACCAUAAAAGGAAAAAACACGGAAGUUACCAUUUGAAAAUGUGGAGACAAAUGAAUUUUGCCAAAACCCAGAACAAUUUUUAGCAAGAGGGAAGAGUCUAUAUUUUAAUAACUUUUUCAUUAGGAAUUUGACAUCAGAUGAGCAAUAUUUUCCACUUAUAAUGAGAGAGGACACAUAUGGCAGGUAUACACUCUUCCUGAUUUUUCUCUGUAUUAGAGCCUUUUUAGAGCUAAUUUCUGGAGCACAGUGUUCUAGGCACUCAUCAUGAUCCCUAGGUAUUUAACAGCCCAUUAACUACUUAUCUAAAAAUGCUGUCAUUUUGGUAAGAAUAUUGAUCGAUAAAAUAGAAUGAAAUGUGACAAAAGUUGUAAAGUUUUUAAAUGGCUCAUUCGGGAUCACCACACACCUCACAAGGGACUGAGUAUCCAAAUAAGUGACUUUAAGAACUUGGAACAGGCAAACAUUUUGUUCAUCACAUAGUUUACAGAAAUGCUUUUACAGUAAACUUUGAGAGAAAGCUUUAAAGCAUUGUUAUUGGUAUAACUGUUCACAAAGUAUCCCUUCACUUGUAAAGAUGCAUUGUCUAAAUUACCCUGAGACAUGGUCAUUAGGAGAAUCCAAGUUUAAAGAAGAAAAGAACAGAAAAAAUUAGUACCAUUAAAACUCAGUUUUUAUUAUCAGAGGGGUAGCCGAGUUAGUCUGAAUCUGUAAAAAGCAACAGAGGGAGUUGCAUCUGAAGAAGUGAGGUUCUUAACCACGAAAGCUUAUGCUCCCAAUACUUCUGUUAGUCUUAAAGGUGCCACAGGACCCUCUGUCAGUUUUUAUUCUUUCACUUUAUGUAUUUAUCUUUAUAAUAUACCUCUCCUUGCCACUCUCUCUUUUCCUACUAGCUGUUCCUCUUUACUUUCUUCCUUUUGUCCCUCUGCUCACUUCUUCUGCACCCCACUUUUUCCUCUCUGGAUAGAAAACAUGCUCAGAGGUUUUUGUAUGAACAAUGGGCAAACCUCAUUGUAAAAAUAAUGGGGGAAAACCCUAAACAAUAACAUCUGCAUGUGCCAAGUAAAAGCUGCCACCUGACAAAAAUGAAGGAGUAGUUAGAAUUGUUAGGAUUUUUUUUUAAUCUUUACAGCAUAACAUGAGAAAGUCUCUAUGGACCAUCAUUGCGCUGAGCCAAAAACUGGAAAAUAUAUGAAACGAUUUGUGAUGGAAUCUCCUAAAAUCCAUGUAAACAUGUUCUAUGAUCAAACAGUAUCUGCAGAUAUGCAUACUCUUGCCCAGGCACUCUGAACUGCACAAAUGAGGUGUGAAGGAAUACCACAAAACAUUAAGACUGACAAUUUUCAUAAUGAUGGUACUUGGGAAAAUAACUUAGUUGCCCUAAAGGCAUUUUGGCUCAACUGUUUGUAGUUUUGUUUCCUUCCAAUUCUCACUUGUGUUUGAGACUUCAAUAUAUCUAAACUCUAUGAGUGUGUGAAUUCAAGUCCCCUAGUGGGAUUUUUUCAGAUGGUUGCAUUUUGCAACUAGGUUUUGAAACAGAUCAAUAGAUCUAUUUGUCUAGUUGUUCCUAAGGGUACCAGUCCUCCAGUAGGAACCAAGAGACACCAGUUGAAUAAUGCUAAUGGAGUCUAUUAGAAUUUAUACUAGAGAAGACAGCAUAAAUUGCUCCUUUUGGAGAGGAAAAAGUGUAUACCGUUGGUACACGCAAACACUUUUCAGAUGAAAGAACAGGAGUACUUGUGGCACCUUAGAGACUAACGCAUUUAUUUGAGCAUAAGCUUUCGUGGGCUACAGCCCACUUCUUCGGAUGCAUAGAAUGGAACAUAUGUU